GCCUGUCUUUCUGUUUCUGUCUUUCUGUUUGUCUGUGUUUGUGUGCAUCUCCAGGCUCCAGUGAUCCAGUCCAUCCUACCCGCACAAGAUCCACACCUGCGGUCCAGUUUCCCAAUAACUUGCGGUGACAUACCCUGGUUUGCCCUCCACUCACUGCCAGAUCGUUGUUUUUACAACCUGAAACAUCCCACUCGCCAUCUGCCCAUUUGUCUGUCUGCUCUUUCAACUCAAUGAUGAGUGAUUUGCAGUUGAUGGAAUUGGAGGAUGAGCUCAGGAGUGCAGAUACAUUUAUUGAACAUCUCAAGACAGAAGAGACAGAGAAGAACAGACAGAAAACUAGGACUGCAUCACCAAAGCCUGUUCAUUGGAAGAAGAGGGACCACAAUGGGGACAUUGUUCACCAGCGCCCACGAGCCCUUAGAAAGCAGUCAACAUCAAGACCAGACGAAGGAGGACAUGUUUCUUCUUCACAGCCAGUAGACCAUGGCCAACACCUAGACCAUGAUUUUAAUAUGCAGCAGCUUGAGGACCUUCUACAGGACUCAGAGAACAUUGAAUCGCAAGAUUUUGUUCAGCAGCCACCAUUGUCCAGUUGGAGUCAAAGGCAGAAAGAGGUCCAACAAUGUUGGCAACAGGCGAGGCCACAGAACCUUGACAAUUUACUUUCUGCUGAGAACAUCGUCCAGAUGACAUGCAAUCACUGUCACGUGAAAGAAGCUGUCAUCCGUUGUGGGGAAUGUAUGCCCUCAGAGUGGUUUUGUGCUGAGUGUGAUGGCUUGGUACAUAAACACCACACUCUACACAACAGGCAAACCUUCAUGGAUGGAUUUUUCAAAUACAUCCCGCCAACAGAGUCUGUGACACUCCAUGAUGGAAAAUACAUAAUUUGUGAACAAGAUUGUGUUCUGCCAACAGCUCUACCUCAAAGGAUAUGCUCCUGUGACACCGCUGAUGCAGCAGUCUCUGUUGGCCGUUAUGAUCUUCACGUUCCGGUGCUAACAUGCAAACAUUGCAACCAGAAAUGGGCUCCAGAAGUCAGUGACUUUGUAAAGAGUGGUUACUGGCCCGCUACCAUGCAGGCACAGACACUGUUCCACCAAGAUCUCUUCCAUUCCUUUGAGGCUAUGAAGACAGCAGCUCCAGGAAUGUCCAGACAAGCCUUUACAGCAAUGUUGGACCAGAGAACAAAGCAAUAG